GAGAAGGAAGGGACUCAGGCUACACCCGAAGACAGCCAGACAGAACUAGAAUAUGAAGUAAGCAUCCCGACGGAGAGGCAGAUUCUACAGCCUGUAAAUUCACUAGACCUCUGGCUCAAUCCAAUUUGUGCCAAGUUCAAUAUAUUAUUCUAGAGACAGAAGAAUACUUAUACCCCGUUCUCAGAGAUUACAAAUGAGACUACAGGAAGAGUAAGAAUUUUGAACAAGAAAUGAGGGAUGAGGAUGACAAAUAAAAUUUUUACAAAGAGACUAAAACACCUAGUGAGUCUAGGCUGAAUAAAAUUGGCUCUGAUUUUAACUACAAUAUCGAUUUGAAAUUGCCAAAUUUUAGUAAAAAGAAGGGCAGUUGUAAAACAAAUCUCACAGCAAAGGACCGCUUAA